GUAGUAUCAGUCUGCUGUUUACUAAAAAAAUGGCUCAAAAGCAGUGCAAGCUGACGAUGUUUAUGACGUCGGCAGCAAGUACAGUAGGACCCAGUGGUUCAAAUUAACUGUUUCUACUGUAAUACUGCCAGAUAAAAAACAUUGAACUAGAAUCUGAGAACUCCCAUUCCUCCAGUCCUAGACCAGCCAGAAAGAAUAUCACUCUGAAGUUAAAGACUGAGAAGUCUUCCUCAUCGUCGGGUAGAGGCCGACCAAGAAAGUCGUCCAAGACGGUGAAGAAAGAAGACAGUGACCAGCAGUCAGCUGCAGAGGAUGAGGUGCUAGAGACACCAAUAUUUAAAACCAUGGAGCCAGGAGAACCGCUACACCACAAUAAAAAGUUGAGAUGGGAUCAUAAGGUGAACCUAUUAGGAGAGAAAGUGGUAGACCCUCUCAUCCAUUGCUGUGGAAUAUGUUCACUGCCCAUCUUAAUUUAUGGUCGAAUGAUCCAGUGUAAACAUGUGUUUUGCUUUACUUGUGCAAAAAAGACAGAGAAAUCAUGUCCAAGGUGUGGUGAUCCUGUACAGAGGAUAGAGCAGUCAGCCCUUGGUACGGUAUUUCUCUGUACAUACGGUGGGUCUAAACAUGGUUCCAAUGGCUGUAGACGGACUUACCUUUCCCAGAGGGACCUUAAUGCACAUAUUGGACAUAGACAUCUAAAACAUGAGAUUAAGGACCAGAAUCUGUCUGUGGCUGCUCAGAAGGCAGGAGCUGUGCUGACCACACCUAAAGUAGCUGUAAAUCCCUCCCCAGCACAGCCUGCUCAACAGGCAUUUUUAGAACAGUUUACGUCAGCAAUACGACAAGUAGCUGCGGCAACUGCAGUGGCAGCGCGAGCACCACAGGAAAAUUUAUACUUGCCAGGGCAGGUUGGAGGUAUGCAGCAUGCACUGCCUAUUUCUACGGCCCAUCAGCCCCAGCUAGCUACUGGACUGCAGUCACAGCAUGUUUACACACCUUCCGGGACAAUAAUGCAGAGCUUGCCUUCAUCACAACCUGUGUUGUCACAGUCGGUGGUAUCGUCGGCAGCUGAUAAUUACACUUCUGCCAUACCGGUUGUAGGCUCCAGAAUAAAGACCUUAAUUAGUGUGCCUAUACAAGAUGAUGAGUAUAGUAAAAAACCACAACAAACUUAUCAGACUCAUCCGGCAGGGGCAGCAGCACUGCCAAACAUGAAUUAUCCCCCGCCUUCUAUUGGACAGUAUCCAGUUGGAAGCAUUGCCCCUAAUAUACAUCAACCACCGCCUGGUGUGCCCCCUCCAAUGUUUUCCAGUCAAACAAUUCCGAGCUCGUCAUUUACCAGCCCGCCACCGGGACCUGUACCACAGAUGAUACAGUCAGGUCCGCCUAGAGCACCGCCUAGGAUGGGUGGUCCACCAGGGGGACCAAGGUACUAUGACAAUCAGGGUCCACCUCGAGGUCCUUGGACAACGGCUCCACCUAGGGGGCCAGGAGGACCACCUCAUCCACCAAGGGGACCCCCUAGAGCAGAUUAUAAUUACUACUAAAAUAACAGUAUAAAAGAUUUAUUUAUGUUUUAGUUGUGGUUUUAUGAAUUAUUGCUUCUGAGCUGAUGCUACUGUAUAUCUUAUUUUAGAUGGAAGUAGGAAUGAGCUUUAAACACAGGUUAUUUAAGAUCACGGUCUUGACAUAAUAAAGUGCUUUAUCAGUUUUGUUUUAGAAAAGAGCCGCGCCAUGAGAAAACCAACAUAGUGGGUUUGCGACCAGCAUGGAUCCAGACCAGUCUGCGCAUGCUGUUCGCUUUUAAAGCCUACUGCAAUUAGAGACAGCGUUAGCGAACAGCAUGGAUCCUGACCAGACUGCGCAGAUGCGCAGGCUGGUCUGGAUCCAUGCUGGUCGCAAAGCCACUAUGUUGGUUUUCCCAUGGCACAGCUCAAAUCAAGUCUUAAUUCAGUUGUUGCAGAUUAUAACAGAGACAUACAAAGUAAUUAUAAUGUUCAACAAAUUGAGAAAUGUUUGUGUCAACUUCGUAAUAAAUGGAAAUAUGAUAAUAUACAUAACAUAUUGAUUUUCAAAUUACUUUACAUUGUUACAACCACUUAGUUUAUCCCCAUUCUUCAUGACCUUAUCCAUAAUAUAUGAAACAUUAGCUCGAACAAGGGACUGAGGUAGUUCUCUAGUGUAAGAUUAGUGGGUUAUCUCUUUUAACAGUUGAGGUUUACUAACACUGUUGUAUUAUAAAAAAAUUAACUUGAGAUGGGGUCAUUUUUGCAUAGGCUUUAUUUAGUGACUAUAUGGUUAAAAGCCUUCAAUGUGGUGUUAAGAAUUUGCAAAGUUUGAAUGCUUGUGUUUUGGGAAAAACAUGAAUAUUACCUUAUUAUAGUGCUGUCUAUAAGUCAAAAUCGGAUCUCUUGAAAACUGUAAAGCAGUUUUCUGCACAAGUUUUACAGUGGACAUUUAAGGCAGCAAAUACUACAUUGUUCAACAGUUUUGAUCUAUGCAUCAAAAAUUUGGUAAACAACCUUUUAUCAGCUUUAAAAUCAGAACCAAUACCUUCAGACAGCAGAUAAUUUCACCAAGAAAAGGAGUACACACAAGUGUUUGCAGUUUUUAUACACCCGUCUGAAAGAGCGGGGUAAAUUAUGUGAACAUCUGUGGUGGCAGCGGCAGGGCGGGCGGGCGGCGUCCAAAGCAUGUCCGCUGUCCAAGUCAGUUUUCAUCAGAUCUUCACCAAACUUGCUGACAAUCUUUGUGAGCAUAAUAUCUUGGCCAAGUUCGAUAAUCAGCCAAAUCGUCCCAGGUACUCUUGGAUUAUGGCCCUUGAAUUACUAAAAAAACUAGCAAAUUUAGCCUUGUCCACUCUCUAAGUCAAACAGUUUUCAUUCAAUCUUUACCAAACUUGUUGAGAAUGUUUGUGGGCAUAAUAUCUCGGCCAAGUUCAAUAACCGGCCAAACUGCCCCAGGCACACUUGAAUUAUGACCCUUGAAUUAUUCGAAAAACUGAAUUUAGCCUUGUCCGCAAAGUCGAAUAUAAUCCAACCAAGACCUCAAUCUUUGUGUAAUCAUUUCAUUUUCGAUUACUUUCUAUUACACUAAUUUUUAGAGAAGUCUAAAAUGUUAAGUAAAUUUAGUAAGAAUAAAUACAUUUAACUGAAAAUGACAAAAUAUUUUCACCUUGAUCAAAUUUUAUAAUGAAGCUGAUUGUUUUAUGAACAACUUCAUUUCAUUCUUUUGUGUCUUAGUUAAUUAUCAUCAGUUAUUUCAAGAUAAAUCAUUGACAAUUAAUUUUAGGUGUCUGCUGCAAUGAAUAUUUUAUUGUGCCAUUGAUAUGCCUGUGUAAGUUUUUAGAUCGCAAAGAAAUUUAUGUUAAUUAUGCUUCCAAUGUUUUUUAUUCACAGCUUUAGAAGGUCCUAACAAAGAAUCUUUUCAGCUACAUUAAACCCUAUUCUAGAAGGCUUUAUAUCAGUAAUAUCAUAAUAAAUUUUAUGAUGUAAAUUUGUGGCUGUUAAUAAAAGCUUGUGAAAGACAAAG